GCUCUAACAUACAGAGGAAAAGAUCUAUAAAGAUUUAACGACACAGACCAUUUAUGUAAGUGGAUUGAUUCUCUUAUUGUUUGAGUCUUUUCACCAAGCUUAUUCCUGAAAAGGUCAAAUCUUCCCUCACGCUGCUGUUAUGGUAUUUCCUACAGAAAGAGCGUCUGUGUCUGACCUGCUCCACUUUCUCAUUCCUCUGCAGGGCUCACUCACGCUGACCUGGACCAUGAGCAAUGAUUUGACUCUUCUGACAAGUCUGACUGAGAACUCCACAGAGGUGCCUGUGUCAGCAGGCCAGGUGGAGAACUAUGUGUUGCUGCUGGUGCUGCUGAGUGUUUUUGCCGGGGGGACGCUGGUCCUGCUCUCCCUGCUGCUCCUCUUCUGUCACCACUGCUGCAUGGGCGGACGGCGCUACUCCAGAGCCAGCGAUGACCCUGAGAAGACAAACACCACUUAUGCUGAGGAUUCUCAGCCCACCCAAGAGAUCACCAUUCGUCUGGAUGAAUCAGAUGCUCUCUCAGCCUCCAGCUGCCAUGAGGGAGAGUCAGAGCGAUUCGUCUUCACUGGGUCGACUGGUCGCAGAGUCUCCUUCAAUGAGUCCGCUCUUUACGAACAGGAGAAGACGACACAGGAAAAAGGACGCAGGUACACUCUCACUGAGGGAGACUUCCACCACCUGAAAAAAGCCCGACUGACCCACCUUCACCUGCCGCCGGCCCCGUGUGACCUGAAGAUCCUCACCAUCAUGGAGUGUGACUCAGCGGACAGCAGCACGGUCAACAUCAGUGAGACCGCAGCUCAGAAACUGACCCUCUCCAUCUACCAGCCUGGUGAGAGAAGAGUCCCCGACUGGCUGGGACAGAGUCUGAGUGGAGGGCUGCCAGGAGACCCUCACCACUCCAUCAUCCUGGACCAGGGGCUCAGACAGACAUCAUCAGUCAUGAAACCGCAGCACACACGGUCCCAGACAAUGGAGGCUAUCGGCGACAGGGCCGAGGCUGAAAGCGAAGGGAGUAUGAGAGGAGAGCUGAUUCAAGCUCAGGGCCAGACUUCAGUUCUACAUUUCUUCUCUAAGCUGCGGCGCCACGCUAGUCUGGAGGGGGCGGGGCCUUUCUUCAGGAGGUGGAAGUUUGACAGCAGUCACCGUGCUGCAAGCCUGGAUGCCAAAGGUUCGCCCAAGAGAAGGCCCUUCCAGAGACAGAGAGCAGCCAGUGAAACCACCGAUCACACCGAAGAUGAGUCUUUAUCUCUCCAAGAUGAGGUCAUGGAAUCCUCUCCACACACUCCCAUCCAGACCAGUGUGCUCCAGUCCCUCUCGGCAGAGUCUCUGUCUCACCACACUACUACACCCCCCUCUUCAGUUUUCCUCAGCAGGCUAAACCUGGAGGCCAUGUUGGAGGUAGGUAGAGGCAGCAGCACCAGGAGAGAGGAAACCUGUUUGCAAGCAGACGACUGUCCUGCUAAGAGACACGACGAGGCCACAUCCAACGGAACAGGAGUGGAAACCGAAACAAAACUAGGUGCGGUUGUAAGAGCAGAAGCAUUGGGAGUCAAGCUGGGAUGGAAGGAGGAUGACGACCCAUUUGGGGCGCCACAAGAAGCUGCAGAAAGGUUUGAAGACAUGUUGAGGAAAACAAAUGGUGCACAGACAGAGGGCAUGGACGCAGAUGUGAGGAGAAAGAAUGAGGCAGACGUAGACGACGGAGAAGACGUGGUGCUGGGAGCUGAGGCCCGGCGAAGGGCCGACUCCGGGUCGUCUCUUUCCUUCAUGAAUCGCCAGGAGAGCUUGGAGCCCCCUCCCUCUCUGUACAGAGACAUUUGGAGCUUGAGGGCCUCCCUGGAGCAGUACGCCUCCUCAGACCAGAGCAGCACAGAUCGGGAGUCCAUCCGCAGUGAUGCCGAUAGCGUCUCCUCCUAUGGUGGUGCGGGAGCUCGCUCUGGCCUGGACAGCUACUUGUCCCAGGAUCUGGAUGAUGACCCUGACGGAGAAGGGGAGGGAGAGGUCAUGGAGGGAAGAAUCAGAGGAGCGUCAGGGGGCGACACUGAGAUGGGAAGUGGAGCCGGAGGAGAGGGUGAGGCGAGUAACAGGAAGCUCCUUCAGAUGGACAGUGGCUACGCCUCUAUUGAAGCACCAUCCAGGGCCCCUGAGGAGAUGCGGCUUUUUGGGACUCCAGGAUCCCAGAGAGGAAAGACAGCAUCGGAGAGAAGGUUGUUCUUCACCAACUCUGGAAGAAAAGGUUCAGUGUGCGAGAGCAUCGAGUCCAAACUGUUUCAGGAGGAGCUGGAAGACGAGAUGGCCGAUGGCACAGAGACAGAGAAACUAAAGGCGAGAGCUCACACCUGCAUGUCACAAUCACAGCUCAUAACUCCUCUGAUGAAGCAAAUCCCCCCGCCCCCUAGUCCUCACAGACCUCGCCUCCGCCACCGCGACUACAGCAUUGACGAGAAGACGGAUGCACUUUUCAAUGAGUUCCUGCGACACGACCCCCGGUUCGACCAGCAGGAAUCUCCGCUGCGCUCCAGGCACCGCUCCAGAGUUCACCUUCGGAAGCAGUGGCAGAGACACAAGCAAUACAGCGACCCAGGGUCAUGCACCGGGGGUAGGUACUCCCCUUCUUUAGAGAGGCAGAGGUUUACCCCGCUGAGAAGGGGUGACAGCGCCGGAUACCCUCUGGACACCAGGUAUCACAGCACGCUCUCACGCAUCGCAAGUGCUGCCGACGAAGAAGCCAGCGAGGUUGCAGAUUGCGAGGAAGCAGCCACCGAGAGUGGGGAGAACAAAGAUCCAUCCAGGGACGGAGUUGCAGCCAACAAAACAUCUGAAGGCACAGAUGCAAAAGGGAGCAGCUCCAGUUGUGCAGGGUCGGGCGGAGAAGGCCAAGGUGGCCAAGUCACCGCAAGCAAGGACUCGGAAAGCACAGGCAGCCAGUCUUUGAACACUGGGACUGCACAAACAAGCUGCAUGGAUCCAAGAUGCAACAACAGGAACAACAACGGUAGUCAAGCUAUCCUGUCAGAGGUGUCCCUGCAGGAGGAGGGCAGUCUGUCUGACAAGCUGGCGGAAUCAGUGGAGGAGAGGCUCUACGGCGGCCUGCGCACCGCAGAGAAACUCAGACAGGGAGGAUCGGAGCGUGUGAUCGCCGUGUCCCACACGUCCUCACCUGGCUUCAGUCCCAUAUAA